AUGAUUGAUAAUAUAGUAAAUAUGAUAUAAGGAUUAAAGAAUACAAUUGAUAUUGAAAUAUAUUUAAUAUAUUUAAAUCGAUUAGGUUGGUUUCGAAACAAAAAAUAUUAAAAUGUUGGAAAAAGAUGA